AUGCCGGAGGAAGGCGCAGGCGAGCGCCAGCCUCCUGGCUCACUGCUCACAGUACGUCUCUUCACCCACAUGGUGUCCGUGUGGAAGCCAGGGAACGGCGUCUGCUCUGCCUUGCUGACGCCCGCGCGGGACCCCGGCCCUCCCGCCCCGGUGCGUUGCGACCCGCGGCCGCGCUGCACCGGGCUCGCCGCGCGCGCCGGCCCUGGAAGCGGCUCGGAGGCUGGUUGGCUGCCGGCGCCUCGCGUUACCUGGCAACCGGCGCCCUGGGAACCGGGGGCGGGGCCAAGAGAGGAAGUCGGAAGUCGCGGCCGGGUCUCGCGAGAGUUGCGUUUGCGCGCGAACCCUGAAGCUCCGGGGUCCGGGGCUUCCCUGCUCGGCCGGCAGCUCCGCAGGCCUCGCGCGGCACCGGGCAGACCCCCCCGACGCGUUCGUCCCCGCGCCAUGGACGCCCCGGCGGCCAAGAUCAGGAACCUGCCCUGGGUUGAGAAAUACCGGCCACAGACGCUGGGCGAUCUCAUCUCUCACCAGGACAUCCUGAGUACCAUUCAGAAAUUCAUCAGCGAAGACCGGCUGCCGCAUCUGCUGCUCUACGGGCCCCCGGGCACCGGGAAGACGUCCACCAUCCUGGCGUGUGCCAAGCAGCUGUACAGAGAGAAGGAAUUCGGCUCCAUGGUUUUGGAGCUCAACGCUUCAGAUGACCGAGGGAUCGACAUUGUCCGGGGCCCCAUCCUGAGCUUCGCCAGCACGAGGACCAUUUUUAAGAAAGGCUUUAAGUUGGUGAUCCUGGACGAAGCCGACGCCAUGACUCAAGAUGCCCAGAACGCCUUGCGCAGAGUGAUCGAGAAGUUCACGGAAAACACCCGCUUCUGCCUCAUCUGUAACUACCUGUCCAAGAUCAUCCCCGCCCUGCAGUCCCGCUGCACGCGCUUCCGCUUCGGCCCGCUCGGCCCCGAGCUCAUGGCGCCCCGCCUGGAGCACGUCAUCGCGGAAGAGAAAGUGGACGUGAGUGAGGACGGGAUGAAGGCCCUGGUGACCCUGUCCAGUGGGGACAUGCGGCGGGCCCUGAACAUCCUGCAGAGCACCCACAUGGCCUUCGGGAAGGUGACGGAGGAGACGGUGUACACCUGCACGGGGCACCCGCUCAGGGCCGACAUCGCCAACAUCCUGGACUGGAUGCUGAACCUGGACUUCACCACGGCCUACAGGAACAUCAUGGCGCUGAAGACGCUGAAGGGGUUGGCUCUGCACGACAUCCUGACCGAGAUCCACUUGUUCGUGCACAGAGUGGACUUCCCGGCGUCGGUUCGAAUCCACCUACUGACCAAGAUGGCGGACAUUGAGUACAGGCUGUCUGCGGGCACCAGCGAGAAGAUCCAGCUGAGCUCGCUCAUCGCCGCCUUCCAGGUCACCAGAGACCUGAUUGUCACGGACGCCUAGAGGCUGGGGCCGCGCCCUGCAGCGGCAGGACGGGGGGACCCCCGGUCACGGGGUGAACGGCACCCAUGCGGGGGCCCAGCCUCCGUCGUCCUUCUCCCCAGGGACCUGUUUGGGGCACGGGCUGGUGGGCUCUAAGCCGGGGACGUACAGAAUAGCGGUGACACGUGUCUGUGACCUCCCGCUGACCUUUGUAGGGGGACAAAACCAUCCCCCCGCCAGUUGAGCCGCAGAGCCUUGCUUUUCCGAGGGCAGGGACUGGGCCUGCACCCAUGGGAGACUGCAGUCGAGUACGCCCAAGGUCGGCUCUGCUCUUAGUUUCGGCCGUUCGGGGGCCGCCCCUGGGCCUCCCGCACAUGCAGCUGACGCACUCGGCCUUUUGCUGGCCGCAGGCCAACCCCAGGCCCCCGAGUGUCUCCGAACUAAGCUGGUAAACCGGACUCGCCGCUCAACGUUGGAUGGUGUCUGAGGGUCUUGACCCCGAAUAUUCCUGCCCUCAUAAAACAGACUCAAUUCUCUUCCUUUAGAAACUGGUCUUUUAUUUCUCUUGCAGUCCAAGAGUUAUUCACAGGUUGCUAAUGGUGUGGACAGUAGAGCGCUUUCACCUUCUGUGAUGGCCCUGGGGCCAGCGGCCGUGCACGGCCCCCCACCACCCCCCGGAAGCCCACGGAGUCGCCGCCAUGGGCAGAUGUAGUGUUCUUCACCAAGGAAGCAGCCUGGGCACGGGCCGGGGCGUGGACACCGUCCUGCCGCGUGUGGCAAGCCCGGGGCCUCUGGAGACCUGAGGCAGGUGUCGCUUGGGGGACACGCCCGCAGGACACCCAUCGGACCCCUCUCGCAGGGUCACUUCAAACUCCCCACGGCUCCCCACCCCGACACCCUUGCUCGUUUCCCAAAGGGACUUUUUAAUAGGGGGAACAACAGAAAGGGAAGAAACUGCCCCCAAGCUUCACUUUGGCCUUGGAGAAGCCUCUAGAAAGGUCCUUCUGCAGCCCCGAGGGGGGCAGGAGAGACGCCCACAUUCUCAUCGGGGCUCAUCCCCGGGACCGGCCCCCAUCGGGCCUCCCGUAAGAAAGCCGGGGGAGACUGUGUGGCCUUUGCUAGGAAAUAAUUUAAAAUAUAUUAGUUUCCAAAGGCAGGUUUCGUGGGGGGGCGGGGGCCUUGCUCGGAGGCCCGGUGCCGGGGGGAGCCCAGUGCUGGGGCGGUUUCUCUCGAGUGGCCGAGGACUGGCUGGACACCCAGCAGCCAGGGCAGCCCAGAGGGCAGCACGCCGGCCACGGGGCCCAGACCCCGGGGAGAGACACGGCUGUACCAUAACAUCUGCGGAGAAACACGAAUAAAUACGCUCAGGAACGGCGAACCACGGACGACUCACGAGCCAUGCGGACGGUCAUGCGGCUGAGCCCGGACACGGGGACACGCACGCACGCACACACACACACACACACACACACACACACACACACACACACCACAUACACACCCCGCCACUGCACACACCCUGCUGGGCCCCGGGCAGGAGACAAC